AGACAGAAUGGUACUUCAGAGCUUCACCUGGGUGACCAUCAUCCUCUGCUUUGUGCAUGUCAGCGCAGUACCCAUUACAUGCGGACUCCAAAGAAGAUUGGUAGACAAAUCCCACAGCCUACUAGAGAGCAUGAGUGGUCUCUUUCCUGUGGAGUGCCUUGAGCAUAAUCUUCCAAUUGCAUUCCCGUCCUCUGCCUUUAAGACCUCUGAGACAGCAGAAAGUGGUGGUGCAGAGAAGGCGGCUUAUGAAACUCUCAAAUUGAUCGACACUCUGUUUGCCAAUGACUCAAUGCCGACCAGCUGGAACAAUCUUGAGGAUUUCCAGGACAUUAUUUACCGUCAGAUUGAGGAGAGCGAAUGCGUGAGUCAAACAGCUAGUGAUUACAAAGACAACUCAAUAUGUUAUAACAGUAUAUUUUUAAAUCUAAUAUUGCUUUCCCGUCUAAACCAGAUUAUGAGCAAAACUCAAUCAUCUGAGGAUUCCCCAGCUAGAAAUGCAACGCUGAAAAUGUACUUUGACAAAAUAGCAACAGUUUUGAAAGAAAAGGAAUCCAGUGAUUGUGCGUGGGAGGUGGUUCGAAAGGAGAUAUUAUACACACUCAAAUUUAUUCUCCAGAGCUCCAGCUACCUUAUUUAGUCAAGAAGCAAUGUAAAAACAGAUCUAUCUAUUUAUUUAUUUAUUGAAUUAUGUAUUUAUUUAUUUAAUUAUGUAUUUACUUAUUUAUCUA